AUGGCGGACGCUACCUACUACGUCGACGAAGACGUCGGUCAGGAUACACCAGAGCAGACUGGUGACGAAAACGCACCGUACAAGUCGCUGGGAUACGCUUUAUACAUACGCGGCGAGAGUGCAACAUACAAGACGCGCAAGAGCGUUACUGGUGAAGUUGCGGAAGGUGCAGAUGCAUCAUCGCGAUUGGAAUGGAAGGAUGCUGCGAAAUCAGCGCUGAAGAAGGCUGUCAAUUUUGCGAAGACGCAGAAGAAGAAGGCCGAGAAAGAGCAGGAACUGUUGGCACUUCGUAGUAAGGAGGAUGCUGCUCGUAACAAGGUUCUCGACGAGGCCAGGAAGAUUGUGCUAGAAGAGGACAAAAGCCUGCCACAGGCAGUCAAGAUCAAGCUUGACGACACCGACCCGAAGAAGAUCACCCUGGGCGACGGCAAGGAUGUCAAGGGUACCCGCGUGAGGGUAUUUGGUAGAGUCCACCGUGAGCGAAGACAGAAAGACGUCAUGUUUGUCACAUUAAGAGAUGGAUAUGGCUACAUGCAAGUCAUUCUCACAGGCAACCUUGCAAAGACCUACGAUGCGCUCACGUUGACCCGAGAGUCGAGCAUGGAAAUCUUGGGAGAGCUGAGACAGAUACCAGCUGGUGCGCAUGCACCCAACGACCGCGAACUGCACGCCGACUUCUACAAAAUUCACCCCGGAUGGAAGGCAGCAGGUGGUGACGACGCCAUUACCAACAGGGUCUCCAAGGACACUGAGCACGCGACACUCCUGGAUCUGCGACACCUCACUCUACGUGGAGAGACUGCUUCAAAGGUCAUGAUUGUCCGUGACGUCGUCGAGUACGCCUUCAACCAAGUCUACAAGGAGUUGCGCCUGCGCAAGGUCAGCCCUCCAGCGUUGGUGCAGACCCAAGUUGAAGGUGGUGCCACGCUGUUCAAAUUCGGCUACUACAACGAGGAGGCAUACCUUACACAGUCAUCCCAACUGUACCUCGAGACCUGUCUCCCUUCCAUGGGUGACGUCUACUGUAUCGAGAAGUCUUUCCGCGCCGAAAAGUCCUUGACCCGUCGCCAUCUUGCUGAAUACACGCACAUUGAAGCCGAGCUUGAUUACAUCAACUUCGACGACCUGCUGACCCACCUGGAAGAAGUCAUGUGUCGGGUCCUCGAAGUCACAAUGUCAGAUCCCGUCAUCAAACAGCACAUUAUGGACCUGAACCCAGAGUUCCGCAUGCCAGAACGCCCGUUCAAGCGGAUGAAGUACCAAGACGCCAUCGACUGGCUCGUCGAACACAACAUCCCCAACGAAGACGGCGAGCCCCACAAAUUCGGCGACGAUAUUGCGGAAGCGGCAGAGCGCAGAAUGACGGACAUUAUCAACCGCCCCAUAUUCCUUACUCACUUCCCCACCGCCAUCAAGGCAUUCUACAUGCUCAAGGACAAGGACGACGCGCGCGUCACCGAGAGUGUGGAUUGCUUGAUGCCCGGUGUCGGCGAGAUUGUAGGAGGAAGUAUGAGAAUGGACAAUUACGAUGAGUUGAUGGCGGCGUUUGCAAGGGAGCAAAUCGACCCCGCGGCUUACUACUGGUACACUGAUCAGAGGAAAUACGGCUCCUCUCCCCACGGAGGCUACGGGCUAGGUCUUGAGCGCUUCCUCGCCUGGCUCUGCAAACAACAUACCGUUCGUGACUGCUGUCUGUACCCCCGCUACUUUGGGCGCUGCAAGCCUUGA